AUGUCUAAAUUAGAUCCACCAAAAUACAACGCUAGUCCAUUCUUAGUUGACUCUAUUUUGUCUAUUUUCACUAACCAUCUACCUCCUCGUCUUUCAUCCGAACUUCAGCCUUUCUUUGUCACAGACAAAUCAGAAGAGAAUCCAGUUACAGUUUUGAACACCGAUCUUUUCUUGAGCAGCUGCAAAUCAAUCGAACGACCUUUCUACGAAUCAUUCUCUCACACACUUGCAUUUGAAGAGUUUCUCAACAAAGUUACGGAGAACUACCAACGAAUGCAAGAAGAGCGCCACGAAGGAAGACUUUUCUUCUCUGACUGUUCCUUAUAA